UCGGGACUUUGUCCUGGGCACCUCCCCGCGGUUUUCCUCUCUUCGUCGACUGUUGUCUUGCCUUCAACAACAACAUGAACUUCAAAUGUUGUCUUCGCUUCGAUCAAUGCGAAUUUUCAGUUUGCACAGUUCAACGACACCGCGACAAAGACAUCAGUCGCCGGCGCCUGCGACCGCUGCACAGUCUUCAAGCAAGUCAGCAACUCAGUCGUCCAUACAUCAACCAGUCAUCUCUCGACAACUCUUUGCACCAAGUGCGCCGGCCACCACCAUCAAAGACGGUUCAAGCUCAUUUCGACAGUCUGGUCAGCCAGCAACUUCCACUUUCAGGUACCAUGACGGCCACAAACUUCCACUGCGGACAACUUCAGCGUAGAUUUCCAUUGCCAAGGGCAGGUUUUCCAGACUCAGAUCGUCAGUCUGGUCAGAGAUCACCAACUUCGCAGUCACCCCUGGUCGGCCAAACAGUACGCUCGCGAGAGAGUUCCGCAGCUCCUCGCAAAGUCAGUCUCAGUCUUCAAUUUGUGUCGUCGUCCUGUUUCGAGUACCUUUGGUGUAGAUAGAUGGAUAGC